UACUAGUGUAUCUUACGCCCUCUCCUGGACGAUAAUGUGCUCCUCCGCAGGAGAAUCUGAUCCCAGAAGCCGUAAGCUGAACAAAAGCUCCGUCAAAGUGAAUGGCACCCACAGUACUGCCCUCCCGCACGCUGCAACCAAGCUGGAGACCUUCAGUACUUCUGCCGUCGCUUUCGUCGAAGAUGUCGCGGGAGAGCGCAGCAGGCAAAACAUUCCCACCGAGAAGCAGAAUGCCGAUCCUUUCCGACAAGGACUCAUCGUCGAAGGUGGAGUCGGAUAUCGGCAGACCGUCGUCAUCCGGUCCUACGAAGUCGGUCCCGAUAAAACCGCGACUCUCGAGACCAUCCUCAACCUUCUUCAGGAAACUGCACUGAAUCAUGUGUGGAUGUCGGGUCUACUUGGCGACGGAUUCGGAGCCACGCAUGGUAUGAUAAGAAAUAAUCUCAUAUGGGUGGUUACAAGGAUGCACGUCCAAGUUGAUCAGUACCCAAUCUGGGGAGAGGUGCUCGAGAUUGACACAUGGGUCGGCGCCUCAGGGAAGAACGGGAUGCGGAGAGAUUGGUUGAUCCAAAGCCGCCUCACGGGGGUCGUCUUUGCGCGCGCAACAAGUACAUGGGUCAUGAUGAACAAACAAACAAGGCGCCUUUCGAAGAUGCCAGAAGAGGUAAGAGAUGAGAUCUCGCCAUGGUUCAUAGAGAGACAGGCAAUCAAAGAGGAUGUGCCUGAGAAGAUCAUCAAGCUUGAUGACGAUGCCAAGUACGUCGACUCGGAUUUGAAGCCGAAGCGGAGCGAUUUGGACAUGAAUCACCAUGUCAACAACGUUAAGUACGUAAGAUGGAUGCUCGAGACUAUCCCUGUCCAAUUUCCGGAGAAUUACGAACUUUCCAGUAUCAUACUAGAGUACAGAAGGGAAUGCGGGAGUUCAGACACUGUGCAAUCUAUUUGUGAGCCUGAUGAAGGUUCAAUCCCAGAAGAUGAUAAUAUCAGCAUAAUCAAAGAUUUCUCCCUAGCACCCGAAAUUCUUGAUGGGUGUGGCCUCUCCGGCACCUUCGACAAAUGGCCAACAAAAUAUACCCACCUUCUUCAAAUAAAAGGACAGCAGAAAUAUGAAGAGAUUGUCAGGGGGAGGACUACUUGGCGGAAAAAGUUAUUUAACACUUAUUAAGUGUUUGCUGCUUUAUUUAUGUUAUAUUGCUAAGUUUUUCUCAGUUUGGUUUUAGCCAUUUGUAGCAAAAGAUCUCACUCAAGUGAUUUUGAAGUGAUGAACUUUGCGAGGGUGAGGUGAACUACCUCCUUGAGUUUGUGAAACUGCACAUUCUGUGUCUCUGGAGGAGCACUGCUGGUCCCUUUCCUUUGAUUUGUGUAAAUUUGUCCAUGUCAUUCUACUGUUGUUCCAUGUGAUUUUAUUGUAAAAAUAUCAAAGGGAAUUGUGGUUGUUAUUUGAGCUUAGGUGAUCAAAAUACAGAGUAUUUUGUUUA